AUGAAUUACUAUGCGUAUCGUAUGAUGAUUCGUACACAUGAGGAGAAUGUCAUUCUGAAGUGCCGUCGGCUAUUCCAGCAAUUCGCUGUCGACAUGUAUGUCAAAGUCGAGACCGAACGUUUAGCGUUCAUCCGAUUCAAUCAGGCAAAGCUACGAUCUGAGGACUAUAUACACUUGCGUGAUGCUAUUCAUUCAGAUGGUGAUGUUCAGAAUAUUGGACGUCUGACGAUUCUUCCAUCAUCUUAG